GUAAAUUACAAUAAUGUACAGAAUUUAUUAAUCUCUUACUUUUGAUUUUAGAAUUUAGAAUAAUAGAUUAGAUAAAAAUUUCGAAUAAAUUUGAAAUUUAUUCAAAUAUCUUUUUUAUCAAAUUUGUGAUUGAAUAAAUGUAUCUUAAAAAGAAUAACCUUGAAUUUUGGAUAAGACGUGUCUGCCCAUUUUAUGUUAUCCACGUGGUGUAAUUAUUAAAGUAUUAAAAUCUAUUUGAUAUAAUGUCUGUCUUGAAUAUAGAUGCCUUUAAUAAAAGAGCCACUGAAGCGGAAGAGCAAAUAGAAGUUUUGAAAAAGGAAAUCGAAUAUUUGCGUGAAAGUAUCACAAACCAAAAUGUUCAAAAAUGUGAUAUUUCGAAAGAAGAAUAUACGAAUUUGCAGCAAGAAAAUCUGAAAUUAAAAUAUAGAAUUAACAUACUUAAAAAGGCUAUUGAAACAAAAAGAUCUAAACCACAAACCCAAAUAAUGUCUGUUUUAACUGACACAUCUGUUAGUAAUGGCAUUAGUAUAUUGGAAAUAUUAUUUAAUUUAUUUCAAAAUGCUAUUGCUGCCGCUUACCCAAACUUGGUAGAUCCACCAAUAGUUAUUGCAGUAUCAUCCAAUGCUAAAUUUGGAGAUUAUGAAUUUAGCAGUUCUAUGCAAAUUGUUAGAUUAUUAAAUACUAGUGGUACUAAAACAAAUCCAAGAGAAGUUGCAAAUAAUAUUUUAGCAGAAGUGCAGUUAUCUCCACUUAUUGAAAAAUUAGAAAUUGCUGGUCCAGGUUAUAUAAAUGUAUUUUUAAAACGUGAAUUUGCACAACAAGUGUUGAAGACAAUUAUAAAGGCAGGAACAGUAUUUCCCCCAUAUAUGGAUAAGAAAAAAAUAGUUGUAGAUUUUUCAAGUCCUAAUAUUGCUAAAGAAAUGCAUGUUGGACAUUUAAGAUCUACAAUUAUCGGUGACAGUAUUUGUAGAUUACUAGAAUAUCUAGGUCAUAAUGUUUUAAGAAUAAAUCAUGUAGGUGAUUGGGGAACACAAUUUGGUAUGUUAAUAGCUCAUCUACAGGACAAAUUUCCAGAUUAUUUAACUGUAUCUCCACCAAUUGCUGACCUUCAGAAUUUUUACAAAGAAUCAAAAACAAGAUUUGACGCAGAUGAAGAAUUUAAGAAACGUGCAUAUAAUUGUGUCGUUAAACUGCAGUCCUUCGAUACUGACAUAAGCAAAGCUUGGCGGUUAAUUUGUGAUAUAUCUAGAAAAGAGUUUGAAAAAUUAUAUGCUCGACUUGAUAUUAAGAUCAUAGAGAGAGGAGAAUCAUUUUACCAAAAGAAAAUGGAAGAAUUAGUAAGGGAAUUAGAAUCUCAAAACUUUUUAGAGGAAGACAUGGGUCGUAAAAUAUUAUGGGGAGAAGAUCAUAGUGGUAUACCUUUCACAAUCGUAAAAUCAGAUGGUGGUUUCACUUAUGAUACAUCAGACAUGGCUUGCAUCAAACAUCGUGUUCAAGAUGAAAAAGCAGAUUGGAUAAUAUAUGUAACAGAUUCAGGGCAAUCGGUACAUUUUCAAACAUUACUUAAAUGUGCAAAGAGAGUGGGUAUUCUUCCAUUAAAUGUUAGAGUAGACCAUGUUGGAUUUGGUGUAGUUCUUGGAGAAGACAAAAAGAAAUUUAAAACACGAUCUGGUGAUACUGUUAAGUUAUUAGAUUUAUUAGAUGAAGGUGUAAAUAGAUCACUACAAAAACUUCAAGAAAAGGGGCGUGACAAAGAACUUACAGAAGAAGAACUUAAAGCAGCUCAAGAAUCCAUUGCUUAUAGUUGCAUUAAAUAUGCAGAUUUAUGUCAUAAUAGAAAUCAUGAAUAUGUAUUUUCAUUUGACAAAAUGUUAGAUGAUAAGGGAAAUUCUGCAGUAUAUUUGCUUUAUGCACUUACCAGAAUUCGUUCAAUUGCUAGAAAUGCUAAUAUUUCUCAAAAACAGUUAAAGGAAGUUGUAGAAGAAAUUCCAAUAUCUCUAAACCAUGAAAAGGAAUGGAAGUUAGCUAAGGUUCUGCUAAAGUUUCCUGAUAUAUUACUUAAAAUAACUAAAGACUUGCACUUACAUCAACUUUGUGAAUAUUGCUAUGAUAUUUCUACUAGUUUUUCUGAAUUUUACGAUAAUUGUUACUGUGUCGUAAAAAAUCAAGCUGGUGAAAUAAUUGAAGUAAAUAUGAGUCGCAUAUUAUUGACAGAAGCAACUGCUAUUAUAAUGGAACAAUGCUUUCUCAUACUCGGUAUUAAACCCCUUACGCGUAUGUAAUAAACGAUGGUAUUAAAAAAUAAAAAAAAAAGCAUAUUUGUAUUUUUCA